AUGAGAGUACUUGGUAAAUCAGAAUAUCCAAACAGCACACAGGUCGAUGAAUCUUGUUCCAACUUGACAGAAUCUACUCCGACUGUACCAGAUUCUACAGAUAACCCUUCGAAAUCCAGCAACAACAAAAGCUCAAAUACUAAAAGCACAAAUAACAACCCUUGGGAAAAUUUAUCUAUUGGAGGUAAAAUAGGAACCAUUAUAGGUCCUAUUUUACUUCUAUUCGUAUUUGUUGUUAUUGUUCGUAUUUUAAUGAGAAGGAAACCGGCACCAGAACCCAUUAAUACUAGCCCAGCUGAAGUCAUCGGUUAUGAGAUAACUCCAAUAUACGGCCGUCAAGUAUAG